CGCCAUUUCAACUGGCGUCAUGGGCUCACCACGUUCCUGUCUCGACUAUCUGCUCUCCGCUUCCCCCAAACCCCAAGUUCAAGACCAAGACCAAGACCAAGACUACUCACGGCCGCCGCGCGUGGGCUGUGCUUGCGUGUGACACAUUAUCUUCCAACUCGGUCGCAAAAACCCGCGGACCUCCCCCUCGUUGACACCUCUAGUUUUUAAUUCUCUUCCAUACUUGCUUCUAGAAGCUCUUUCAGUGGCGUCGAGUCUUUGUCACUUUCUCUUACGCUACAGUACUCUGUUCUCCCGUCUUAGCACCUACAGAGAUACAAACACGCAUACCAAAGUGAUUAACCACUACUCCAUGAUUGCGAUCAUCUAAGCUGCCCCAGCUCACAAUUGGCUGGCGCCUUUAUCUUGUUUUCCCAACGGGCCAUGACUGCAGCUCCUGGAGCUCACCACUCUCUCCGCCGAGGCGCCGCCGCCGUAUGGGCCGAUGGGCCCGGCUGCCUCGGUCGCAGGCGCGCCGUGACGGGCAACGUAGCGUUUGGAUCAAGUAGGCGGCAUGUGUCUACAUCGCAGGGGAAGAGGCCGCGGACGGCGCUCUUCUUUCCAGGCCAAGGAGUACAAAAAGUUGGCAUGAUAACACCAUGGCUCGAGGCCUUUCCCCGAACCGCGAAACCCAUCAUCGAGGAGAUCGACCACUACAUGGGCUUCAAGCUCUCCGACGUCAUCGCCGACGGGCCCAGCAAGCUGCUGACCAAAACGCCCAACGCGCAGCCGGCCAUCAUGGCGACCUCGAUCCUGAUCCUGCGCAUCCUCGAGCGCGAGUUCGACUUUGACGUCGCGCGGCGCGUCGACGUGACGCUCGGCCACUCGCUGGGCGAGUUCGCCGCCCUCGUGGCGGGCGGCUACCUCGAGUUCGAGGACAGCCUGUACCUCGUGCGGAAGCGGGCCGAGGCCAUGGCGGAGGCGACGCGGCGCGCCGUCGAGGAGUACGGCGGCGAGUACGGCAUGGUGGCCAUCGUCACGGAGCCCGAGUACCUGAGCCCGCUGAUUGCUGCGAUACACGACUUUGUGGGCCACUCGAGCGCCGGGUCAAAGGGGGAGAGCUCCGAGGACGUGCCGCCUAUCGAGCAGGUGCUCAUCGCCAACGUGAACAGCAAGAACCAGAUCGUGCUGAGCGGGAACAUCGAGCGGAUCAAGACGCUGUCGACGCACGUGAGGCAGUUUCUGGGCCACGACCCGCGCGCGGUGCGGUUGAACAGCGACAGCCCCUUUCACAGCCCGCUGAUGAAGCCCGCGGUCGGGGUGAUGCAGAAGAUUUUGGCGAGAAAGAGCCGGGUGCGAGGCCGCGAGGCGGAAGACAUUAUUACCUUCCCCGGGCGGCUGCCGUGCAUCAGCAACGUGAGCGCGCGGCCGUUUGAGAGCAGGGAGGACGUCAAGGACCUGCUGGCGCGGCAGUGUCUGGAGACGGUGCGGUGGUGGGACAGCAUCAAGUACCUCGACCAGGAGGAGAAGGUGAGGCGGUGGAUCGGCAUCGGGCCGGGCAAGGUCGGGCGGAACCUCGUUGGUAAGGAGGUCGGGAUGAGGGGCAAGGACUCGGUCAAGGGCGGCGGCGUGUGGGCGAUUACGGACCCGAGUGAGAUUGAGGAGAUGUUGAGGGGGUUGGAGGAGACGGAAGGGUUGUCUGAUGAGGAGAUUGAAUGAGUGAGGGUUGUUUGUUGGUUACAGCUCUCUGUCUGCUUCUUGGUGCAAAAAUUUUGGGAGAGGUUAUUCCAACGGCGCUUUCUUUUGGUAUUAUCAACUUUUCUCGAUGGGCGUGUUAGCUCAUGAGAAGGAGGCCGGGCUUCUACGCCUUCGUUAUGAACAUUGGAGUAAUGAUUUGGUUUAGUUGAGAUGUAAUACUAUUUCUCUACGAAGGGGAAGACACCAUGAUCCAUUCUGG